AAUAUGGCAAGUUCUGAAUUAAAAACAGAUAAGAAGGCUAUACCUGCUGAAGAGAUUGAGAAACUAAUUAAAGAGCCGGAUGAAGCUACAAAAGGAUUUUAUUUCCAACAAACAAUGUAUAGAAUUAAAGAUCCGUUAGUUAGCAUUCCUUUUUACACAAAUGUUCUUGGAAUGAGGCUUUUAAAACAAUUAGACUUUCCUGAAAUGGAAUUUUCACUUUUCUUUAUGGGAUAUAAAGAAUUAAGUGAAUUGCCAAAGGAUGACAAAGAGCGUCGUUAUUUUGCUCUUUCUACUCAUUCAACAAUUGAAUUGACUUAUAAUUGGGGAUCUGAAAAGGAUCCAAACUUUGCAUAUCAUAAUGGAAAUAAAGAACCUCGAGGUUUUGGACAUAUCGGGAUUGCUGUGCCAGAUGUUUAUGCAGCAAGUGCCCGUUUUGAAAAACUUGGAGUUAAAUUUGUUAAAAAACCUGAUGACGGGAAAAUGAAGGGAUUGGCUUUUAUUGAAGAUCCUGAUGGUUAUUGGAUUGAAAUAUUUAAUCCAAAUAAAGUGAACGAUUAA